AUGGAGUGGAAAAAAAUUUCCGUUCUUGGUACGGGCUCUUACGGCAAAGUAUACUAUGCAGUAAAAAUUGAUUCGUUUUUGUUACGUGCUUCAGUUGCUGCUGUAAAAUGUACAGAUCUCUGGCGUUCAAUUUCACUCCAGAGAGAAGCACAUAUCUUGGAAACUCUAAGAGGUAGUCCUAACGUGGUUCAAUUCUUUGGAGCAGACGUAAGUAUCGAGAAUAAUAUUCCAACUUAUAAUCUGUUUCUUGAAUAUGCAUGUGGUGGAUCACUACACGAUUUGAUCAGUUCGAAGAGAGGAAAGAUGUCAGAAGUGGAAAUAGGUUUCUAUGCAUAUCAACUCUUAAAGGGUAUUCAAGAUGUUCAUAAAAAAGGGUGGGUUCAUUGUGAUAUUAAACCUGCUAAUGUUUUGGUUUUCGAUACUAAUGAACGUGGCAUGCACACGUUGAAGUUGGCUGACUUUGGAUUAUCGUUGAGAAUUGGUGAUGGAAUGGCAUAUAUGACUGGAACUCCAUUGAGCAAUCGGGGAACUCUGCUAUAUGCACCCCCAGAAUCUUUGACGUAUGGUUUUCAUGCAAAAGCUUAUGAUAUAUGGUCACUAGGGUGCACUGUGGCAGAGAUGAUGACAGGGAAUCGCGUUUGGAUUUAUCGCGAUACUAAAGAUUUGCAAUGGCAGAUAAUGAAUGAAGAUCCUGUGAUUCCGAGUAAUGUUUCUGAGAUUGCUAGAGAUUUUUUAUACAGGUGUUUUAUAAAUGAUCCUCGAAGAAGAUGGACAAGUGAACAACUACUUCAGCUUCCUUUUAUUCAGCAAGCUAUGUGUAUUUCUAAUUCGAUGCCUAAAACUCAUGAAGGGAUGAUAGCAAAGGUUAAUCCUUUUUGUUGCAAAAUUCCAACUGCAGUACGUGAGAAGGACUUCAUCAAUUUGCUCUUUGAAAAUAAUUUAAGGAUACAAUGA